UGAGAGCCUGGGGGGGCUGCAAAAAGAGAGAAAGAAAACAGCAGGAACCACAACAAAACGCCAGCAGGGCGGGCGGGCGCGCGGCAGCAGCGGGGCGGCCGAGGCAGUAGCGGCGGCGGCGGCGGAGGAGGAGGAGCAGGCAGCGGCCGGUGCCCGGCUCGGGCUCGGCUCCGGCGACCCCGGGGCGCCCGGCGGGCCCCCCGCCCCCUCCCCUCCCCCCUUCCCCUUCCCCUUCCCCUCCCUGCGCGCCCGCGCGCCCCGCGGCCCUCGAGCCGAGCAGCUCGGCUCCCCCCCCUCCAGCGCUCCCCGGGCCCAAAGAUAUGGCAAUGGUAGUUAGCAGCUGGCGAGAUCCGCAGGACGACGUGGCCGGGGGCAACCCCGGCGGCCCCAACCCCGCAGCACAGGCGGCCCGCGGCGGCGGCGGCGGCGGCGCCGGCGAGCAGCAGCAGCAGCAGGCGGGCUCGGGCGCGCCGCACACGCCGCAGACCCCGGGCCAGCCCGGAGCGCCCGCCACCCCCGGCACGGCUGGGGACAAGGGCCAGGGACCGCCCGGCUCGGGCCAGAGCCAGCAGCACAUCGAGUGUGUGGUGUGCGGGGACAAGUCGAGCGGCAAGCACUACGGCCAAUUCACCUGCGAGGGCUGUAAAAGUUUCUUCAAGAGGAGCGUCCGCAGGAACUUAACUUACACAUGCCGUGCCAACAGGAACUGUCCUAUCGACCAGCACCACCGCAACCAGUGCCAAUACUGCCGCCUCAAGAAGUGCCUCAAAGUGGGCAUGAGGCGGGAAGCGGUUCAACGAGGAAGAAUGCCUCCUACCCAGCCCAAUCCAGGCCAGUACGCACUCACCAACGGGGACCCCCUCAACGGCCACUGCUACUUGUCCGGCUACAUCUCGCUGCUGCUGCGGGCAGAACCAUACCCCACGUCACGCUACGGCAGCCAGUGCAUGCAGCCCAAUAACAUCAUGGGCAUCGAGAACAUCUGCGAGCUGGCCGCGCGCCUGCUCUUCAGCGCCGUCGAGUGGGCCCGCAACAUCCCCUUCUUCCCGGAUCUGCAGAUCACCGACCAAGUGUCUCUGCUACGCCUCACCUGGAGCGAGCUGUUCGUGCUCAACGCGGCCCAGUGCUCCAUGCCGCUGCACGUGGCGCCGCUGCUGGCUGCCGCCGGCCUGCACGCCUCACCCAUGUCCGCCGACCGCGUCGUGGCCUUCAUGGACCACAUCCGCAUCUUUCAGGAGCAGGUGGAGAAGCUCAAGGCGCUGCACGUCGACUCGGCCGAGUACAGCUGCCUCAAAGCCAUCGUGCUGUUUACGUCAGACGCCUGUGGCCUGUCGGAUGCCGCCCACAUCGAGAGCCUGCAGGAGAAGUCGCAAUGCGCACUGGAGGAGUACGUGCGGAGCCAGUACCCCAACCAGCCCAGCCGCUUCGGCAAACUGCUGCUACGACUGCCCUCCCUGCGCACCGUGUCAUCCUCGGUCAUCGAGCAGCUCUUCUUCGUGCGCUUGGUAGGUAAAACCCCCAUCGAGACUCUCAUCCGCGAUAUGCUGCUCUCUGGAAGCAGCUUCAACUGGCCUUACAUGUCCAUCCAGUGCUCCUAGACCUUGGGCGCGUCCCACCUGCCUCCCCUUCCCCAGCUCCCGCUAAGAGACUCGGAGGACGCGCCGGGGGGACCCAGGACUGCGAAGCUUCGGGGACACACCCGGGUGGUGGCCGGCUCCCGCUGCUGGUGGGCCAGGCAGGCUGGGCAGGGGGGUGGGGUGGGGAGGAGAGCCGCGGGACAGGAGCAGCCCACCCUGCAGAAUGCAACCCGAGCUGCAAGGCAGGAGAAAGAAAGAAGGGAAAAAAAAAAAAAAAGACUCUUAGGAUCAGAUCUGGGAGCACGAUGGAAGGGGAAGAAAAAAAGGACUUUGUGUCUGGUGAGAAAAAGGGGGAGAAAAUGUUGAAGUAGAGGACCAUGAGAAUUUUGAUAAACCAGUAGGGGACGAAUGGACCUUCCAGGAUUUACUGUGGACAGAUGUGGAUAUACGCUGUACAGAGAACACCACCUAUGGGAGUGGACCGAAUCCUAUGUAGAAACACACCACACACUGAACAUUCUUAUUCAUUUUGUAAAAUACUAGUCUUUAUUUUCAUUUUUUGUAAAAUUUAAACAUCGUAUGCGCAUAAAAGAAAAAAAAGAAAACAAGAAUUAGGGGGAAAUAACAUUUUCCAAAUAAUUAUUAAAAAAAAAACUGUCCUGUGUCUAUGUAACUAUAUCUGUUUUGUAUUUUUUUCUGGUUCCAAACCAGGUUUCCUGUGAUUCUAUACUAAUAAUUUUUGAUAUAACCCUUUGCUUCUUAUAAUGAGUGCGAUAUAUGUUGUCGAGGCUGUUCUUCAAGAAUUAAAAUUGAAGUGAAAAUUUAAACAAAAAUAAAAGAAUUUAGCAAAA